GGCGUUUUUGUUGCCAAAUUUUAAGCCACUUCCACCGGUCAUAAAGCUCACCAUGGCCCCACAACCGGUGGUAACAGGACUGUCUCCAAAAGAGGGUCCUCCUGGUACUCGCGUCAUCAUUCGAGGCGAAUUUCUGGGCACUCGAGUGCAAGACCUAAUUGGUCUAAAGAUUUGCGGCUCCGACUGUCUGCUGUCUGCGGAAUGGAAAUCGUCCAACAAAAUUAUAGCACGCACCGGCCCGGCCAAGGGAAAGGGUGACAUCAUAGUGACCACUCUAAGCGGCGGAGUGGGUACGUCGACAGUUCAGUUCCGUGCCUAUCACGAAACCAUCGGUCCGCUGAAGGAGUCUGCUGUAUGGAUUGAAGAGUCGCCUUCACAAAAUUUUGCCUGGGGAAGACGAACCCUGACUCAGUCGGGGCUAACGCAGGAGGAUCCUCUGGGGCUAUCAAUCGAAGGCAAUGAACAGAAGAUCCCAGAAGAUCUGCGAGAUUUGUUUCCCGAGGCCUGUGGCGAUCUAUCGCAGGAGCACUUUUCGCCUUCCUGGUUCCUGCUGGAAAAUCAUUUGGCCACAUCCUUUGAAGACCUCAAGGCAGGCUUGGCAUAUCUGAAGCGUAAGGUGGAGAGUCAAAAGGAGGGACAGUUGUCGUUCCUCAAAUCCAAUGCGGGCUCUGUCAUUGACCAGCUGGACACGCUGAUGAAUAUACGGGACAAGCUGCAAGAGGAUCUCAAACUGCAUGGAACCGAACCGCUGAACAUUCUGGAAGCGUCCAUAGAGAACUCAAUUACCGAGUCGCAGAAGAUCUUCACAGAUGUCUUGGUGCGUAAGGAGAAGGCAGACUCCACCCGAUCCGUCUUGUUCGCUCUGUCCAGGCACAAGUUUCUCUUCUGCCUGCCUAAUGCGGUGGAUCGGCGAGCAAAGGCGGGCGAAUAUGACAUAGUGGUCAAUGACUACUCACGCGCCAAGAACCUGUUUGGCAAGACUGAGAUUCCCAUAUUCCGGAAGGUGCUGGAAGAGGUCGAUCAACGUAUUCUUUCCAUACGGAAGCAGCUUCACGAGAAGGUGGUCAAGAUGCCUCAAAGCGUGGACCAGCAGAAGAAGUUAAUAAAGGCCUUGACCAGCCUGGAGCUCCAGCAGAGUGGCACGCCCAUUGGAGAUAAGCUGCGGAACAUAGAUCCUGCAUGGGAUGCCAUUGAGGCCAGAGCCAAGUAUCUGGAGGCUACUUUCCGGCAAACAUUCGAGCAGCAUGCCAACAAAGAUGCAGCCGGCACGCCGGAGAAGUCCAAGAGUCGUGACCGUGAUCGUGAUCCCAGCCAGGCGCCAAGUCGUGUCAACUUUUGCGAGGAGCUCUGCGACAUUGCCGCUUCUCAGUUGCCGGAUUUGUGGCGUCUAGGCCAGCUUUACUUCACAGGAGAGCUCCGGGGUCCCCACGAUCCAAAGCCGGGUGAUUUCAAGAAAAUGAUUCUCAACGCGAUUGAGAAAUUUUGCGUGUAUCUGCGACUGGCCAUACUCAUAGCCGGUGAUCAGCGUGCAUUGCGCCAGUCCAGCGGCCUGAGCUGGUCGAUUGGCUCCGCCUCGGCCACACAUCAGUUCCUCCCGUGGAUUCCUCAAUGUCUUCGCUAUACGAGAAUUGCCUAUGCCACCCUAAUUGGCCUGGAUUUGCCCUCCGAUGCCCUGGACAUCAUUCAGAAACUUAUCGACGAGGUCCGGCUCUUCUGUUUCUCCAUCAUCUUCAAACGCUCCACAGACCGUUGCAAGAAGCUGGGCAGCCAGGAGACCUGGGAGCUGGGUGUAGAAGAUUAUCCCGGUGCAACCAUUCUGCCCGCCGCCCUGGAGGCACUUCUCGUGGAAACGCUGGAUGAGGUGCAGUCGGUUUGCAUGCAGCCAGAGUCCCGGGAGGGAAAUCUGCUUGAGCCGCAGUCAGAUGGACAGCGUGAGGUGUCGCAGCGCCUGCAGGAAUUUCUCUCCACCUUCAGUGCGGUUAUUGAGGAGCUGGCCUUUCAGUCCCACGACGAGGAGACGCCCACGCACAACGUCUCCCAGCUGUUGGGCUUUCCCAAUGCCCAGCAGCUGGACUCUGUAGCCAGUGGUGGAGCAGCGGUCACCUGGGAGCAGCGUAUGCUCUGUUGCCUGGCCAAUUAUGCCUACUGCAACAAGAGCUUUUUCCCCCACAUCGGAGACGUAUUCGUUCGCUACGGCUAUCCCUUGCCGACGCUGGCUAUUGAGACGUCGCGCUAUACGGUGAACCAGCUGUUCACCAACCUGCUGGAGGAGUAUGUGGAGCACAAGGGCGAUCCGCUGGUGGGCACCAUUGAGCCGUCGAUGUACCUGGGUCGCUUUCAGUGGGAUCACGAGAUGGAGAUUGGUCAGCUGCGACCCUAUGCCCAUGAAUGCUGCGAUAACCUCGUCGGCGUCUACUCGGAGAUCUACAGCAUCUCCCCAGCCCUGCUACGUCCCAUCCUGGAGUCCAUUGUUCAGACCAUAUCUGAGGAGCUGGCUCGCCUAAUGAGCUGCGUGCAGCGCUUCAGCUUUACGGGUGCCAUACAGGCCCACGUGGACAUCCGCCUACUGAGGGAUGCCCUCGAAGGCUAUGCGAAUGAGACAGCCAAAAACUACUUCAUGGAGGCACUGGAGGCGAUCAAUCCUCCGCUGAAUGUCGAACAGAAGCGCAAGGCAGACGAGAUCCUGGAGCGUGUGAAGCGGAAUAUGAGACUGCAGUUGCUCUGCUUCACCAUUAAAGAGCCCUAGGGAGGAGGACAUUCCACUCUACAGUCUGCACUCUACACUCUCCACUCUGCAUUCAAUGUAGAUAGCCCUGUGCAGAUUAGACUUGUGAUUCCCGAUUGGUCAGUUGAAAGGGAUAUAAAUCUUUAUUCAAUUGCAGAUAUUAUAUUGAUUUCUAAAGGAAA